CAAUUAUGGCCUCUACGCAAGCGCUCAGUGCCGCGGCCUCAGACCGUAAAGCUCGUCUUGCCCAGCUCAAGUCGCUCAAGAGAAAAGCUCCGGAAACAGCAGACUCACAGCCGGACGAUGGAGCCACAGCAGAAGCUGCCCAAGACGACAAGGAAGACGUGACAGCGCGAUAUAUAUCGGGCCGCAACUACGAUCAUGCCACCAAAGGCGCCAAACUCGGUUUCGAAGCUGGGCCAGAUCAAGGCCAGACCACUCUCGAAUUGAAGGCCGCGGAACUAGCUGCAGAGACGAAGAGACAUGCCGAAGAGGAAGAGAAGAACGACACGCCUCUAGACCUGUUCAAACUACAGCCCAAGAAACCGAACUGGGACUUGAAGCGAGAUCUCGAUCAAAAGUUGGCCAUCCUGAGCGUCAGGACAGAUAAUGCUAUUGCGAGGCUAGUGAGGGAGAGAAUACAGAAACAGCAGGAAGCUGCGAAGGGUAGAGUGCAAAGCAUUGGUGGAGGAGAUGUGGAAGCGCAGGGAAUCGAAGGCACUACGCUUGUGGAGGCCACAAACGUGAGGGAGAGAGAGGACGAGGAAGAUGCGAGGAGGGAAAGGGAAGAGGACGAGGCUCUAUUGGACGGGUCAUGAAGGGACAUGACUGUAUGAAGCGGCGUGGAAAAGGACUGAUGAAUACUGGCAGCCCGUAUAAAGCUGACUGGUGGCUGCGCGGAUUCAGGACACCGGUUGGCAGCGAGCGCUUCGCUAUACGCUCUGUGCUGCAUGUCCUAGCUGCUCAAGGAGUAUGACUCCGACUUGCAUAGACAAAAUUGUCCAUGCCAUUCAAGAAUUGGCUGUGACUGCCUGGCGGGUCUCAUUAAAAUACCGCCAAUGGUAUGGCUUGUCAUGAAUCUGGACGGUCAGGAAGGCCCGGCACGGCAUCAGGCACCAUCUCAAUGAUGCUAACUCAAAGCGGAGUGAAGUGACCGAAAGCUCAUCGGCGCCAUCGAAAAGAUGUUAUGCACUACUGCCAAGAUCAUACUAUCGACUCUGUAUGCUUGUCAGUGCGCUCCAGGGUGAUGAUUGAGAAAAGGGGGAAGCGAAGGCGCAGUGGUGAAGGUGUUUGUAGCACAGCUCAAGUCGCACCAACGUGAAUCCUCGCUUCGAUUGAGACUGUAUGCACUAUGCACUUGUACGAAGAGGGACGAGAACAUGAGUCGGUACCACUCACCAUCUCGAAGCAAGGACGCCAAUAGUGGUGUAAGCAGCGUAGUCGAGACAAAUAUUCCAACAUUGAACUUGCGCUCGGACCCGAGCAGCACAUUCACG